UAGGCUCUGGGAACGCAGGAGUUCACUUCGACGAGAAUUCUGAUUGCGACCAUAAUCGAACGCACUGAUCUGUUUCCGGUUAGAAGCUCUUCAUUAUGUCGAAAAGAGGACGUGGUGGCUCCGCAGGAGCCAAGUUUAGAAUAUCAUUGGGUUUACCAGUUGGAGCCGUUAUCAACUGUGCAGAUAACACUGGCGCCAAGAACUUGUAUGUGAUUGCUGUGCAGGGAGUAAAGGGUCGCCUGAACCGAUUGCCAGCAGCAGGAUCUGGUGACAUGAUCGUGGCUACUGUGAAAAAGGGCAAGCCUGAGCUCAGAAAGAAGGUUAUGCCUGCAGUAGUAAUCAGGCAGCGAAAACCAUUCCGCAGGAAGGAUGGUGUUUUCAUCUACUUUGAGGAUAAUGCAGGUGUUAUUGUAAACAACAAAGGGGAGAUGAAAGGUAGCGCCAUUACAGGCCCAGUUGCUAAGGAGUGUGCUGAUCUGUGGCCAAGGAUUGCUUCAAAUGCAAGCAGUAUUGCUUGACUACCCAUCCUGUAUUCAAAGUUUCCUGUAUAAAGAGUUUGUCUCAUAAUAA